ACCUAUGUCCGUCUAUCUGCCUAUCCGUCCGUCCCUCUGUCCGUCUGCCUGGCUAAAAUACUUUAUUACAGGUGCCUAUAGAGAGCAUCGAUGAAAGAAGAAGAGCCCUACAAGCUGCAUGUCAGCGAAGGGAGAAUCCGCCCUUUGCGAACCUGUCCGAUAGAGCACGCCAAGAAGUAUUGCAUCACAUGCUUGUCAAUGACGACUACGGUAUUUUAUUCUGCUAUGUGCCCAAAGUCGGCUGCUCCAACUGGAAACGAGUUAUAAUGGUACUAGAUGGCUGGGUCGAUGAUCCUGAAACUGUUAGCGGGAAGCCACUCGAUGUUCUCCCCAUAAGGCUGACCAAGUUCUCAAACGAGCAAGUAGAGUACAGACUUAAGUAUUACAAGAAGUUUAUGUUCGUUAGGAACCCACUCGACCGAAUUAUCUCGGCCUACAAGGACAAACUCACCGGAGAUAAUGACUAUUAUCAAGCCUACCGUGUAAACUGGAUCAUAGAUAAAUUUCGCGCCGAAAAUCAACGUGCCAACGGUUCAAAAGGUGCGACUUUGGAAGAGUUUUUCAAGUUUUUAUCAACAAGAGAUCCGGCCGAUAUGGAUAACCACUGGAUGCCUUUCAAAAAUCUUUGCCAGCCAUGUGCUAUCGACUACGAUUUCAUAGGGAAAAUCGAGAAUCUAAAGGAGGAUGCGGACGAGAUUCUUCGACGACUUAAUUUGAGCGAGAUCGUAAAGUACCCGCGAAAACAGAGCGUGUAUAUAGAGAAAGCGCGCCAUAUGCCAAGCACCGCCGACCUGCUUUCGCAGCUACCACUGUCGCUUAUUCAAGCUGUUUUAAAAAUUUUCGAAGAAGAUUUUGAGCUCUUUUUAUAUCAUAACCCAUAUAGUGUCUGAAGCCAGAUCUCACUGAUAUCAAGGGUUGAAGCAUAUAGCAUAGUACUAAAUCACUAGAAUUAAGCUGCUAUGUUUGGGGGAGGGUUGCUAUUUUUUGAGCGUCGAUUUUGGGGAGGGCCUCAAAUUUUGAUGCAGGGUUUAGGAGAGGGCUUUAUUUUUUAACAGGUAUUCUGAUCAAUUUCCGAGCCUCCUACAAUUCUGGAAUUUCAAAAUGUUCUAAAUUUUCAUUUGGCUGGCAUUGAAAAUCAUUAUAUCCCCUAAGAUGUAGCUUCUACUAUUUGAAUCUUUUUCAGUUGUUUUAUUAACACUUCCAUUACUGAAUUCACAAAUUUCAAUUCAUGUUAAUGUCCCCCCCCCCUACUAACUUUUCAGAUUGGUGGUAUGAAAACAUAUGUAAAUAAGUUUUCAGCUAGGAAGGAGGUAAUGAUGUUGUUUUCUAUUUAGGUUAACAAUAAUUAGCAGUUCAUAUAUUUCAAAAUGGCAAAUUAUUGUUCUCGAUGAUAAACUCCUAACUAUUUAGAGAAUAAUCCUUACCCAAAUAAUGCAAACCUCACCAUAACCGCUAUUUUCAUUCAGUCAAGCUGCUACCACCCACACAACACCGAUUGACUCAAAGAAUACAUUUCCAUCGGUUAAUUCAAGCAGGUAACUGUAAAACUUUAAAUCGAAUAUCAUUAAUAAAGUAUCAGACUUUUC